AGCUCUCUAAUUAUAUCACGAUUGUAUAAAAUACUAUUUUGAUUUAAGGUUUUUGUGAAUAACGGAAUAAAUGUCUUUGCAUCUGUACAAUAUAUUUCAAACUUCCUAAACUAAGAUUGAAUAGUUCAUUUGCCCUAAUGAAAGAUGUUAGACUUCGCACCUAGCACCUGGGCUCCGUUGGGCGUGCAGACCGCCUCGCCUGCAAGAUCAGUCUCAAUCGCUUGGCUCUCGGGGCGACACGUGCCGCGACCAAACGCUAACCGUUAAAGAGAUCGCUGUGUUGUAUUUUCCUGUUAUUAAUUCUUGUGAACAAAGUUAUUUGAGACGUGUAUUGUGAAUUACUUUCACAUUUCUUUACAUUUUGUGUUUUAUGACUCCUUGAACUUCUAUUGCGAGAUAGCAAAGUUUUGACAAGUUUUCAGGACUAAGAGACAUGAUGCUGCUUUACACAGAAUAUAGAAGGCAUUAAUUAAUGGAACAUAAAAUAAGUAAAUUAACUUAGUAAAAUCUUUUGAUGGAAAGGUUUUAAGUUAAUAACAAUGUCGAACAAAACGCAAAUAGUUUUGGAGAAAAUUUUCCAAGAUAUUCUCGCAGCGUCGGGAGAUUCCUCAGAGACCAUCAACCAAUCACAGAUAAUUUCGGUGCUUCGAAAGCAAGCUGGGAAUGAAGACUUGGAGUCGCUGAUGUUCAAGGUGAUGAGAGAUGCCCAGAGUCGUCUCAAUCUGAGCUUGAAGCCGGAAACCUGCGGGUACUGUGCAGGGGGCUUCAGAGAGGUCAUUGAGGCGUACAAUGGCAUUCACGGAUACGUCAGUUUACUGGUGUGCACCAUAGGCGUGAUAGCCAACUGCCUCAACGUAGCAGUGCUGACUCGUAAGGACAUGGCCGCGGCACCCAUCAACCGGCUGCUCAAGUGGCUGGCCGUGGCCGACGUGUUCGUCAUGCUGGAGUACGUGCCCUUCUCCGUCUACAGGUACCUGAUUCUUCCCGAGAAACUGGACUUUCCUUACAGCUGGGCGAUGUAUCUACUCUUCCAUAUGCACUUUGCGCAGAUUAUGCAUACUGCCUCUAUCUGCCUCACUCUAUCACUUGCUAUUUGGAGAUACAUAGCCAUCAAGUAUUCAGAUCGAAGUCACAUAUUGUGCACGGAAAGACGCUGUAGCAUAGCAAUAUUGACAUCUUUCAUUUUGCCCCCGAUUCUCUGCGCGCCUACGUUUAUGGUAUUCGAUAUUCACACGAAGAACGUCACCGAUGCAAACGGUAACCCCGGCAUCGCAUACCACGUCGACCCAGAGUUCAAAGGAACACUCUAUCAAGCAAACUUCUGGGUUCACGGCGUCAUUAUAAAACUACUACCGUGCUCCAUAUUGACGGUCAUCAGUAUAUGGCUCAUCCGAGCAUUAUACAGUGCCAAUCAGCAUCAGAAAAACUUAAGGAGCAAUACGGGUUGCCCGGCUGCAGAAAAAAUGGUCAAGAGACAGCUGAAAGCCGAUAAGCGCACAGACAGGACGACGAAAAUGCUCCUGGCUGUGCUCUUGCUAUUUCUCGUUACAGAACUUCCUCAAGGGAUUUUGGGCUUGAUGAGUGGCUUGCUAGGAUUGUGCUUCUUUAAGCGCUGCUACAACCUGUUCGGGGAGCUAAUGGAUUUUCUAGCGCUGUUGAAUGGGGCUAUUAAUUUUGUGCUGUACUGCUCCAUGUCGCGACAGUUCCGGCAGACCUUUCGACACAUGGUGUUGCAGCCGCCACUCGCCCGGUGGCUACCACCCGUACCAUCUCACUCGGAAUCUCACAUUCAGAAUACGUGCACGGAAAAGAUUAAAAGAUAACUUCAGCGACUGAUGUAUGAACAUGUAUGCAGCCAAGACGUCGUUGCCGUGAGGGCGUCGAGCAAAACAGGAGAAGGCUUUAGUGCGUGAACACUUUCUAUGAAUGAGUCUCUUGUUAAGUGAUGGUGAUGUAAUCUCACUUUUGUGCACGUACAGAUUCAAGGAAUGUGACUGAAAAGACUCUUAGUGGCGGACGUGUUCCGGUUGUCUGUAAAUUGACCAAAAGCUGGACCAGCUUGUUGGGGACACUAUACCCGAAUCUUCGCUCUUGUGUGUCAGAAUAAUUCUUACAAGGAUACAUUUCCAUUAAUAAAUACGACUGUUUUCUUAGGUAUCAUUAAAAAAAACAAACAGAACGUAAUGUUCUUUUUCACUUUCAUAGGAUUUAUUUGCGUAGACCUAGCCUAGCGCCCAAUGAGAGUUACAUCGAAUUUGCACUCUGUUAUAAUCAAUUGUUUUUUCAUUUAUAGCGUAAGUGUGCUUCGUUUUUUUAAAUACGAGUAUAAUGGUAAUACCUGAAUUUCGCUUGUUGCCUUAACAAGAUAUUUUAACGAUUUAUAUUGUUAAAUAGUUUGGCAAAGAUAUAGGUAUAGGUAGGUAUGUUUCAUAUAUAUUAGGUUUCAAAAUGAUGAAUAGAUGAAUACAUAUUUUUUGUUAUGGUACUCCCUAUUCAUUUUUGAACUUGAAUUUGUGGUAACUAGUGUACAAAAUGUAAACAAAAUGGUGUAAGCAUUUUAAAUUGACUCUCUCUAAGUUACGGUGGUAAUUUUAUGACGUGUACAAGUACUUUCAGCAUCAUUAGUAACGAAUGAAACAAUACGCCAAAAUAUCUUGAAAUUAUUUUUCAAAUAGAGAUACAUCUAUAAUAUAGUUUACGCUUAAAAGUAAAUUUCACAGUAUAAUUGUUCUAUACCUAUAUAUAGAAACAUGUUUCUUUUUGGUGACCUAUUAGAUAAUGCGUACUAGACUUAAAUCGACCGGGAUAUAGACCGUGAUUAUCUUUUGUUAUGAUUCGAGCUCCCGAUAUUUCGACGCAGUAACAUGCAUCUUAUUCACGGGUAACUGAAGAUAGCCGGUGUCAAAGUUGUGUAGACUGCGCUCGGUCUACCCUCAUUCGUGCGCGUCGGCUGCGUUCGAUUUCAACGUUACCACUGGUCGCGUUCACAUUCACACUUAUUGCUCUAUCGAAGCACACUACCCUCACAGUGUCACUACGCGUGUGUGUGAACAAGUUGCAGUUAAGUGUAAUGCAUGCAAACAGUGUAACUAUGUCGAAAGAUCGGGAGCUCGAAAACAAUACAAAAAGGUAAUCACGGUCCAUAUCCCGCUCGAUUUACGUCAAGUGAAACUAACCGUGAAUUAAUCAAAACUGUUACUUGCCGCGUAUAGUCUGAUUCGCUACUUACUGCUGACUGUACUACUCGUAUUAUAGUACUAUACGUAUGUAUGGGAUUAUUUGGCCGGAAAUUAAACCGGAUGUAAAACCGAAAUUCAUUGUUUUAAACUGUGAUUGAAUGCUGACUGUGUAUUGGAUAGUAGGUUCAUUCUUAUAAAUAUUUAGAUAAGUAUAUAAAUGUGUAGCCAUGUUAAUAUUAGGAAUAAAUGAACUAGGACUAGUGAAGAUUAAAAAAAUCAAAGAUUUUAUAUAAAACCGUCAUACAGGCCAAUACGAGUUUUAGUUAGGUAUUUGAUCUGUUUCCGAUAUGAUACUGAUCUGUCAGUGUCAAAAGUGACAUUUAUUCAACCAAAAACGUUUCUUUUGACGCUUACAGAUCAGUACCUCUAGUGUAACUUUGAUCGACAUCAUAACGUGACGAACGCGUUUGCGUUAAGUCUCAUUUUGUAUAGGAUUUUGAGGUUCCAAAACGUCCCGCUUGGCGCGCUCUUUCGAAAUCCAAUACAAAAUGAGACUAAACGCAAACGCGUACGUCACGUUUGGAAAUCGAAUUUAUUUACACUAGGGGUACUGUUUCUUAUCGGAAGCAGAACAAAUACCUAACUAAAACUCGAAUUGGCAUAAUAAUUAUGUCAUUGAGAACCCAACGAAAAGUAGUUUGUUUUUAUGGGAACAAAUACUUUGUCUAAACCAGUAGGGCUAAGAUGGUCGGCUCUUUAUCAUUUGUCACCAUGCCUGUCACGUUCUAACAAGUAAAUAAGUGCGAAAGUGACGGGCAUAGUGAGAGGUAAUAAAAAUGGAACCAUGCUGCCACCGCAGAGGUCGACAAACCGCGGAUCGCAAAAAAAUUACAUCUUCUGAUCUCUUAAACCACUGAAAACACCAAUGCGGCUGUUUGACAUUCCUAAAAGCGGCCAAGUGCGAGUCGGACUCGCCCAUGAAGGGUUCCGUACCAUUUAUGACGUAUUAAAAAAACUACUUACUAGAUCUCGUUCAAACCAAUUUUCGGUGGAAGUUUGCAUGGUAAUGUAUAUCAUAUAUUUUUUUUAGAUUUUUCAUUCUGUUAUUUUAGAAGUUACAGGGGGGGGACACACAUUUUUUCACUUUGGAAGUGUCUCUCGCGCAAACUAUUCAGUUUAGAAAAAAAAUGAUAUUAGAAACCUCAAUAUCAUUUUUAAAGACCUAUCCAUAGAUACCCCACACGUAUGGGUUUGAUGAAAAAAUAUUUUUUGAGUUUCAGUUCUAAGUAUGGGGAACCCCCAAAAUUUAUUGUUUUUUUCUAUUUUUGUGUAAAAAUCCUAAUGCGGUUCAUAGAAUACAUCUACUUACCAAGUUUGAACAGUAUAGCUCUUAUAGUUUCGGAAAAAAGUGGCGGUGACAUAAUCGGACAGACAGACGGACAUGACGAAUCUAUAAGGGUUCCGUUUUUUGCCAUUUGGCUACGGAACCCUAAUAGCGAUUUUUACUGCGGUUGCCUUUUCUUCUCAAAAUUUUGCCGACCCCUGCUCUAGACCAUAAGAAACAGAUCAUGUAACUAAGUAUCUACAAUCAAUGGUCACUGCAUUUUUUUAGUUUUUAAAUGCAGUUUAUCUUCCACAUUAAAGUUGUUUUACUACAGACACAAGUUGAUGGCCGUUAUAUUAUUAUGCACAUGGUAGUAAUAUAGGAAUUUCUAAUAAAUCUGUUCCGAGGCAAUAAAAAAAACAUAAGAACAAAAAUUAACUUUUUUUAAACGAGCCCAUAUUGGGCCAUCUUAUUAUUCCCGCACUAGUGUGGGAAAGUAGCACCAUACCUAUGUAGUGUAAUAGUUAUUUACAAUACAAGUGCAGAAAAUACGAAAUUCGCAACUAGUGGUGAUGGUGAUAAAUUAAAACACGACCGAAGGGAGUGUUUUAAAUCGACACGAGUUGCGAAUUACCUAUUCGUACGUGUAUCGUACUCCGUUUUACAGUACAUACGGUUCUUUAAAGUUUCGACAUAUGCACGGAAAGUGCUCAUUUCCGCACACGUGCUGGAAAGUAGCACCAUAUGUACUGUAAAGAUAAUUAUGUUUAGAUAUGCUGUUAUGUAAUUACUAAUUAGUUUUGUCAAACGCGUUUUCACAAAAAAGGGGUUUUACGGUAACAUAUACAGUACGUAAAUUCAAUACGGGCGAAUAUUUCAACGGUGGUUAGCAUAGGACCUAAGAAGUGUAUUGAGAUAAAUUUUGCUUAGAAAUACAAUACAAUGGAAAUAAUUAUUAUUUAUAUUGUAUAUAAAAUAUAUAAUUAAAUUACGAGAUACGAGCCAACCACUGUCAACCAGGGAUCGUUACCGGUAUUCUGACUACCGGUUUCAAAUUAGAUAGAACCGGUUAUAGUUGUAUUUCGCUAUUUAUAUCACUACAGCUUUGAUUGCCGGUAUAAUCAAUAACGGUAGGUAUUCAUUUUUAUUAUUAGCGUUUUUUUUUUUGAUUUUGGUAUUGUUGUCUAAUGACAACAAUACCUGUAUUUUACAUGUUGCCCUUAAAAACCAUAAUCGGUAAUACAUGUCAAUGUCAAUGCCAUUCAGCCAGCUAUGCAGAAUGUUAUCGCGUGACGUUAUAAUAUUACACCUAUUUGUUGUGAUUUCGUAGUAGUGUCUGAUACCACUAUUGCGCACUCGAAACGUAAGAUACGUUUCGAGUGCGCAAUAGCGGUAUUAAUUAAAGGUAUUUAAUAUUAUAAAUAGUCUAUGUAUAGCGGUGAAAACAAAAGCGAAAUGAAAACAAUACCUCUAAUAGGAAUAUAGGUAUACUUUUUAUAUCGGUAAUUGAUUGAUAAUUUAUUUACAGAUAUGAAAUAAAACCGGUUGUAGAAUCCCUGCUAUCAACGCUUGUUGGCUGUUAUUAUAAAAACCUUGUAUUUCGUAAUGUUUGCAGUGCAUUGCUGGUCGGUAAAUUUUCAAAAAUUAAUUACGGGGUGAUAAUUAAGUGUAACAUAAAAAACCUUUUUAAUUAAUAAUCACACAGAUAAAUUUUAUGUUAUUUAAAUUUAUCACCCGUGUUGGAUUUACACACUGUAAAAUUAAUUAAUUAUUCGUUGCUGUUGGAUAUUGACGAUCAUGCUUGUUAUAUUUAUUUAUUGGUAUAAGUUCGGUGAGCAAAGUAAAUAGGUACUUACAGAGAUCGGAACCGGUUUUUUGCAAAAACAUCGAAAGUACCAUAUAUUUCGGUUUAUUUUAUACUCAAAAUGUAGGACUCAGUUGUGUUUUUAGAUAACGACUUCGUAUUAUUAGAUUGCCCGAUUAGGAAUGAAAUAAUUAACAAAGAACGAAAAAAUACCGUUUUCGUUCCCAUACAAAAAAUACCGGUUUCCGAUCCCUGGGUACUUACUCAUGAAUUAACUUAGACCUGCAUUUAUGGAUAACACAUGGGUGGAGAAUAAAAGGUAUUAUUCCAUUUUUGACUGUUGGUUAUACCUACAUAAUUGAUUUCCAGCGUAUUUUCUCGGAAACGUUCUUAUAUGUGAUACUAGUUCAAUCAAUGUCAGUACUUUUUGUACCGAAACUGACUGAAAGAGCAAGACACGAUUCCGUGAAAAUACGAUGGAAAAUAAUUGUGUAUUGGUAAAAAACUUAAGUAAGUCACCUGUUGUAUGUAGUUGUGACGUGUUCGAAUAGACAUUUGUUUUGUUUGUGUGAGUCUUUUAAACAUGUAUUGUCUAUUCGAACAUGUCACAACUACAUACAACAGGUGACUUACUUAAGUUUUUUACCUAUACCACAGUAAACGCACAUCUCGUUUAUGAUUAUGUAAAGGCAUAACUAACUGAUUUUGUUUUAAUAUGUGGAAUGAUCAUUGUAAAAUUUUCAUGUAUUUCAAGAAAACGCAGUUAAUUAUAACAGAAAAUUUAAAAUAAUAUUUGUAUUUAUCGUAUACGAUGUUAUCACUGUUGCUAAUAAGUUUGUACAAAAUAAAUGUUAAAUGUUUUAUU